CGAGCGAGCGAGCCACCGCCACUCUUCGCCUGUUGUGUUUUGUGACCGGCCGGCGUCGUGUGCACACGAUCGAUCUGACAAUGGCCGUGCAGCAGAAGCAGCAGCAGGGGUCGUCGAUGAUGCAGAAGUGCAAGCCGUACCUGGCGAUGAUCUCGCUGCAGUUCGGGUACGCCGGCAUGAACGUGAUCACCAAGGUGUCGCUCAACCACGGCAUGAGCCACUACGUGCUCGUCGUGUACCGCCACGCCUUCGCCACCCUCUCCAUCGCGCCGUUCGCGCUCGUCCUCGAGCGCAAGGUCCGCCCGCGCAUGUCCUUCUGGGUUUUCCUCCAGAUCUUCGUCCUCGCCCUGCUCGGCCCGGUGAUCGACCAGAAUUUCUACUACGCCGGGCUCAAGUUCACCUCGCCGACCUUCUCGUGCGCCAUGAGCAACAUGCUCCCCGCCAUGACCUUCGUCAUGGCCGUCAUCUUCAGGAUGGAGAAGGUGAACCUGAAGAGGGCGAGGUGCGUGGCCAAGGUGGUGGGGACGCUCGUGACGGUGGCCGGCGCCAUGCUCAUGACGCUCUACAAGGGCCGCGCCGUCGAGAUGAUCUGGACCAAGCACAUGCACCUGCACGGCGCGCACCAGGUCGACGCGGCAGCCGCGGCCGCCGCCGACAAGGACUGGCUCAGGGGCUCCAUCUUCCUCAUCAUCGCCACCCUCGCCUGGGCCUCCCUCUUCAUCCUCCAGGCCGCGACGCUGAAGAGGUACGACGCGCCGCUGUCCCUCACCACCCUCAUCUGCUUCGUGGGCACCCUACAAGCCAUCGUCGUCACCUUCGUCAUGGAGCACAGGACCUCCGUGUGGAAGAUCGGCUUUGACAUGAACCUCCUCGCCGCCGCCUACGCCGGUAUCGUGACAUCGAGCAUUGCCUACUACGUGCAAGGGCUGGUGAUGCAGAGCAGGGGGCCGGUCUUCGCCUCGGCGUUCAGCCCGCUCAUGAUGAUCAUCGUCGCCAUCAUGGGGUCGUUCAUCCUCGCAGAGAACAUCUACCUCGGAGGAAUCAUCGGGUCCGUGCUCAUCGUCGCCGGCCUGUACUCGGUGCUCUGGGGGAAGCACAAGGAGAAUGUGGAGAAGAAGGAGGCCGAGGCGAUGGAGAUCCCGGUGGCGAUCAACGGCAACGGCAGGAUCAUGGACAUAGUGGAGCUGGACGAGGUGCAGCUGGAGAAGGCCCAGGCGAACGGCAAGGCGGUGGUGCACGACCACGCCGCGGCCGCGGUGGUCGCCGUCACGGUCCCCGCCGAGGAGGCCCGGAUGCAGGGCAAGGACGAGGCUUAAGCUACACGAUACAUCCACUGAUCGGUGAACCAUUGCGUCAAUUUCGCCAUCAUUUCUUGGCUUCUGAUCUGUUCUUCCCUGAGAUGUUGUAUUGGCAUGGUGAUGUAAGCACUGGUGGUAAGUAGUAGCAGUAGUAAAUUAGUACUAAUUAGUAAAAAACUAAUAAUCUAGUAGUGGUGUGGAAGAUGAGGAGGAUGCAAUCAUGCCAUCAACGAGGGAGCGUUUUGUAACCUCUCCCUGGUUAAGCAGAUGCUUUCAGGUUGGGAUUGUUAUCUCUUCUAAUGCAAUGUCUCCUCAAUGAUGACAUGUGUGAAGUGUGAACCACUAUAUGGCGCCUCAGAUUAUAUUCCAAUCCUAUGGCAAGCAAGUGUUUGAUCAUGUCGUGUUAUCCUGCUUCUGGUAGCUGUGUUUUUUGCUCAAUGCAAUUGUAAAUGCUAGGUAGUACACAAAGAAUUUGAUUGUAUUUGAGCUCACAUGAUUGGGUGGUAAGCAGGCAGCUCCCCUGAAUCUCUGAAAAA